AUGGUCCACUCGCGCUCGAGCACCCGCCGAUAUGCCGGCGGCGACAACCUCGACGUGCAGCCGCCACGACCGCCGAGUCGCUCGUGCGUGCAGCGCUGCAAGGGUGCGAUCAUGAACGAGUCGCGCAGCUACGCUGUUAUCGUCAUCGAGAAGCGAGGACGGCAUGAGACCGCCUAA